AUGAAACUUUUUGAUUCUAUCAUCAGCGAUGAGAUAGAUUACCCACAAUUUCUGUCUUCAAAAUCAGAAGAUAUUAUGAAAAAAGUAUGCUAUUUUAAAUUCAUAUUAAAGAACCUUAACUAUAUACUUACAAAAUAAAUGUUUUAUUACUUUUGUGGACAUAGCUUUUGUGUAAAGAUCCAGAGAACAGGUUAGGUUCUAGUCAAAGAGAUGCGGACGAAAUUAAAGCUGAAUCUUUUUUUGAUCAAAUUGUUUGGAGUGAUUUGUUGGAAAAAAAAAUCCCUGCUCCAGUUAUACCAAUUGUU